AUGAGAUAUCAUAUCUCCUCUCCUGUAUUCUCUCCUGAUGGUACUAAGCUGAUGCUCCUCUCUAACCCAGUAGUUAAUGAAAAGGGUGUCCCAGUAUCUCCGAAUGUAAGAAGAGAGCUGCGAGUAUACAACUGGCCAAUUAUGGGAACCCCUGAAUAUCAAAUUCUAAUUGAUGCUGAGACCGAGUUCGAGGACUUUAUGGGGAUCCAGCUGAUUCAAGAAAACAGACAGUCGAUUUUCUACGUCAAGGGUGAAACUGAUAAGGUUCUAGUAAACAGUGAACACUUCGCUCAAGAUAGAGUUGUAGCGGUGGACCUGGAGACAAGAGAACUAUCAUUGAUUGAAAGGUCCUUGAGGAUCCUAGAUGUUGAAGAGGAUUCUAUUCUAGCAGUAUCAAACAAUAUAAACUCAUCUUCUCUACUUCUAGGAAAGUUAAUGAAAGAGAUAGAGACAACAACUAUGCUGCCAGCACAGUCUACAGGAGGUUGGUAUCCCGGUGGAGGAUCCGGAGGUUCAGGUGGCUCAGGUGGUUCAGGCGGCUCGGGUGGCUCGGGUGGCUCUGGAGGAAUGGGAACAACUAAAGCUUGGAACAAAACGCAUCCUCGUGAUCCCUGUCAGGCUCUACUUGAUUCCCUAUUGAAUGACGACGAGCAUGAAGAUAUGACUGAGGAUCCCAUGACAGGUUCUACUGGUAAAAACCCUUCUACCAAUGCUAGUGAUGUAACUACAGAAAUACCAGCAGAGGAAACCACUACACAAUAUAUCAAUCGUAUUCCUGUUGCAAGGCAGGGAUUUGAAUUUGCAGUAAUAUCAACAGAAGAAUUAUAUGUUGAUUAUUCAGUGAAAUCACAUUCUCUUUAUAUUGCUAAUAGGCCCCGCAGUAAACAGCUUAUUGUGUACUUCCCACAAGAGGCUAUACAAACCAUUCAGAUCAAACUUCAUAAAUUCUGGAGCAGCAUUGGAUACGAUUCAAUUUAUAUAGGCUAUCAACUUGAUGGUUCAAACUCCAUGGGUGAUGUGCUGAACAGAACUCAAUUUAUUCUCACAAAUCUCUCAUCUCAGUAUGAAAGGAUAAUGUUAGUUGGAGAGGACCUAGGAGGAACCCUGGCUAUUCUUUACUCACAAAUGUUUCCAAACAAUUUCCAGAUUGUAACUGUAGACCCUGUGAUGAGUUUAUCUACCCUGCUAGUGUACAGACCUAGAUUACUAUCUAGAAUAUUCGGUGAACCCCAUCCAUACCUUCCUACUCCCGACCAUAUAUCCUAUCUGUGGGCGUAUUCUCCUCUUAGGUUUUCUAGAAACCAGACCGGAGAUAUACUUCUCAUCUCUACAGGAGUUUGGCCUAGACAGUCUGAGAAUUUCUUUGAAAGAAUGGAGAAUAAAUCUAUCAACACGGAGAGCCUGUUUACCUACCAAGAUUCUGAAUUGUUCUGGGUUCACAAGACAGCACACUGGAGCGUUGGAACAAUGGAUCUUAGUGAACAGUGCAGGGUGAAGGAAGAUGAAAGGACGACCUCUAGAACUUCAACCCCCGGAGGAACCGGAGGUUCUGGAAGCUCUGGAGGCUCCGGAGGAUCAACAACAGGAGGAACAGGAACAACUGGAGGAGGAACUGGUGGAACAGGGAAACCUGUAACUGGGAAACCAGGAACAGGAGGGAAACCUAAACCAUCUUCAGGGAACACAAGAUCAGCUGCAGUUAGUUUAAUUCUUGUUCUUGUAUUAUCUUGUAUUAGUUUACUCUAGUUCUUCUUCUUAACCCUGUUCUUGUCUUCUUUAAUAAAAAUAUAACAGAUUUAAAAUUU